AUAUGUUUAGAUUUAGAUAAAAAAUUCAAAAUACAAUUUAAAAACUGAAUGUGGUAUUUUGUGAUGUAUAGUUAUACAAACGGUGCCCCAUACAAAUGGAGCUUGUUUUGAGGACGUCCCCCUGAGAUCUUCAGCUUUCUUUUUGUCUGAUUCGGGGGAGACUAAAGACAACUCUUCCUCCCUCCCCUCUCUUCUCUACCAUGACGUUACAUGGGUUUAAAGCUCUUGUCGCGUGUCUGUCGCUCCUCUCCUCCUCCUCCUCCUGCUCACAUCGAGCUGAGCAUCAGCCAAUGCUUCACGCCACUCUUGCCCUGGGUGCGUGUCCCAUGCCUGGGAAGCACAACACAGCUAAGGGCUUCACUUGGAGAAGAAAAAAAGGACUAAAGGAGCUUGGCGAGGAGGAAAACAGCACUGUGUCCUUAUUUAUCGCUUUGAUGCCCACAUUCUCCAUCAGAGUGAGGGUCUCUGCGUUCAACGGAAGUUUCAUUUCACAUCAUUUUGUCACGGAGGACAGAAAGCAAAGCUAUGAACGAGUCGUUGGUGGUGAACGACUCGUCUGCAACUCCUGUGACUGGAGAAUCUCUCCCGUGGAUGGAGGCUGAGUCGUUGGACCCAAACAGCAGCUUGGAAUUCUCCACCGCUCCGUUAGAAUUCCCAGUCAACCCGUGGGACAUCAUGCUGUGUAUGUCAGGCACCAUUAUUGCCUGUGAGAAUGCCAUAGUGGUAGCGAUCAUCUUCUACACGCCCACUCUAAGGACUCCCAUGUUUGUGCUGAUUGGGAGCCUGGCCACAGCAGACCUGCUGGCCGGCAUGGGAUUAAUCCUGAACUUUGUUUUCCAGUACGUCAUCUCCUCGGAGACCAUCAGUCUCAUCACAGUGGGAUUUCUGGUGGCGUCCUUCACUGCAUCAAUCAGCAGCUUGUUAGCUAUCACUGUCGACCGCUACUUCUCCAUCUACAAUGCUCUGACGUACUUCUCAGAGAAGACACAGCAGUAUGUGCACCUCAUGCUAAUUGGGACCUGGGGGGUGUCUCUGCUGCUGGGCUUGCUGCCGGUUCUCGGCUGGAACUGCCUCCACGAUCCAGCCUCCUGCAGCAUCGUCCGCCCUUUGACCCGGAGCAAUGUCAUGCUCCUAGCCACCUCUUUCUUUGUCAUCUUUGUGCUCAUGCUGACCCUUUACUUUAAGAUCUGUAAAAUCGUGUGCCGCCACGCCCACCAGAUCGCCCUCCAGCAGCACUUUUUUGCCACAUCCCAUUAUGUGGCCACAAAGAAAGGGGUGUCUACUUUAGCCAUCAUCUUGGGGACUUUUGGUGCCAGCUGGCUUCCCUUUGCCAUCUACUGUCUGGUGGGUGAGAGGGAAUACCCAUCUGUGUACACGUACGCUACACUGCUGCCAGCCACCUACAACUCCAUGAUCAACCCCAUCAUCUACGCCUACAGAAACACAGAGAUCCAGCGCUCCAUCUACAUGCUCCUCUGUGGCUGCUUUCAGACCAACGUGGCCUACAGGUCCAGGUCCCCGAGUGAGGUCUAAAACGGUGCUCCUUUACGUGUGUGUGUUAUAAAUGUGUGGAUGUGACGAGACAGAGCAAAAAGACAAACACUGACAAUCGGGAGCAUGCUGCACUUUAAUGUGUCUCAACACAACUUAGGGCGAAACGCUGUGAACAAGAAUUCUGAUUUUAUUUAUAUAAAAAAGACGACAAACCUGUGAAUGUACUGAAAAGAAGAAAAAAAAGAAUGGAAAAUAAAACUUGCACUUUACUAAAUGUUUUUAAAACGCCAAAGCAGUAUUGUACAACCUUUAAUGUGUUUAAAUGUUUGAAAUGUGUGUAAAGUGUGCCAUUAUUUUCUACUUAUGUCCUUGAUGUCCAUUUUGCAUCAGAGAAAUAAAGGCAUUAAGUCAA